CCGCGUUGUGCCCCGCGGAGGCGCGGGUCCAGCAGUGACCGCUCCCGCCUCGCGCCAUGCUCGGGCCACGGCUGCUGCUGCUCCUCUCCUGCGGGGGGGCCCUGCUCGGUGCUGGUCUGGAGGACAGCUCCUCGGUGCCCCCAGGGCCCCACAGGGUGAAGGACGCCCCCCAGACAGCUCCAGACAACAAGGGCCGGUGCUCAACAUGGGGGGCUGACCACUUCUCCACCUUCGACGGCCUCACGUAUGACUUCUCGGGGACCUGCAACUAUGUCUUCGCGGCCGUCUGCGAGGAUGCCCCAUCCACCUUCAGUGUCCAGCUGCGGCGAGGGCCUGGGGGGAACAUCUCCCGGAUCAUUGUGGAGCUGGGGGCCUCUGCGGUCACCGUGCAGGGCUCAGUCAUCGCCGUCAAGGACGUGGGGGUGGUCAGCCUGCCCCACACCAGCAACGGGCUCCAGAUCACACCCUUCGGACAGAGCGUGCGGCUGCUGGCCAAGCAGCUGGAGAUGGAGCUGGUGGUCAUGUGGGGUCCCGGUGCCCACCUCAUGGUCCUGGUGGAGAGGAAGUACAUGGGCAAGAUGUGCGGGCUGUGCGGGAACUUCAAUGGCGAGAAGACCAACGAGUUUCUGAGCGAGGACGGCCAACUGCUGGAGCCCCACAAGUACGCCGCCAUCCAGAAGCUGGACGACCCCAACGAGAUCUGCGCCUACGAGGCCAUCCCCAGCCCCCGGCUCCUGCAGGCACAGCACGCCCAGGCCUGCCUGCAGCUGCUGACCCUGGUGGCCCCCGAGUGCACCGUGCCCCGGGAGCCCUUCCUGCAGAGCUGCCAGGCAGACAUGGCCGCGUGCGUCCAGCCCAGCCGGCACAACUGCAGUUGCGCCACGCUGUCUGAGUACUCACGCCAGUGCAGCAUGGCCGGCCAGCCCGUCAACAGCUGGCGGAGCCCCGACCUCUGCUCUGUGGGCCAGUGCCCGGCCAACCAGGUGUACCGGGAGUGCGGCGACACCUGCGUGCAGACCUGCUCCAACCCGCAGCAUAGCUGCUCCAGCUUCUGCACCUUCGGCUGCUUCUGCCCAGAAGGGAUGGUUCUGGACGACAUCUCCAAAAACCACAGCUGCGUGUCUGAGCCCCAGUGCCCCUGCACGCUCAGCGGGGUGGUCUAUGCCCCUGGGGAGGUCACGACAGCCGCCUGCCAGACCUGCCUGUGCUCGGGGGGCCACUGGGAGUGUGAGGAUCGGCCCUGCCCACGGCGCUGUACCCUGGAGGGCGGCUCCUUCGUCACCACGUUCGACGCCAGGCCCUACCGCUUCCAUGGCACCUGCACCUACAUCCUUGUCCAGAGCCCCCAGCUCCCUGACGGCGGCUCGGUCAUGGCUGUGUUUGACAAGUCUGGUUACUCACACUCGGAGACCUCCCUGGUCGCUGUCAUCUACAAGUCCAGCCAGGACAAAAUCGUGAUUUCUCAGGACGAGGUGGUCACCAACAAUGGCGACAUCAAGUGGCUGCCAUACAAGACUCGAAACAUCACGGUCUUCAGGCAGACAUCCACCCACCUCCAGAUGGUCACCACCUUUGGGCUAGAGCUCGUGAUCCAGCUGUGGCCUGUGUUCCAGCUGUACAUCACUGUUGGGCCCCAGUUCAGAGGCCAGACCAGAGGGCUCUGCGGCAACUUCAACGGGGACACGACGGACGAUUUCACCACGAGCAUGGGCAUUGCCGAGGGCACUGCCUCGCUCUUCGUGGACUCCUGGCGGGCGGGGAACUGCCCCGCUGCGCUGGAGCGUGAGACCGACCCCUGCUCCAUGAGCCAGCUCAACAAGGUGUGUGCGGAGACCCACUGUGCGGUGCUGGUGAAGAAGGGCACGGUGUUCGAGAAUUGCCAUGCCACCGUGGACCCCAAGCCCUUCUACAAGAGGUGCGUAUACCAGGCCUGCAACUACGAGGAGACCUUCCCGCACAUCUGCGCCGCCCUUGGGGACUACGCGCUCGCGUGCGCCUCGCAGGGCGUCCUGCUACAGGGUUGGAGGAGCAGCGUGGACAACUGCAGCAUUCCCUGCACAGGCAACCAGACGUUCAGCUACGACAGCCAGGCCUGUGACCACACGUGCCUGUCGCUGACCGACCGAGAGGCCGAGUGCCACCCCAGCGCUGUGCCGGUGGACGGCUGCAACUGCCCCGAGGGCACCUACCUGAACCACAAGACCGAGUGUGUGCGCAAGGCACAGUGCCCGUGCCUCCUGGACAACCACGGGUUCAUCCUGGCCGACCAGUCCACCAUGGUCAACGGGGUCGUCUGCCACUGCAUCAACGGGCGGCUGAGCUGUCCAGCGCGGUCUCAGAUGCUUUUGGCAACCUGCUCGGCCCCAAAGACGUUCCAGUCCUGCAGCCAGUCCUCGGAGGACAAGUUUGGGGCAGCCUGCGCCCCCACCUGUCAGAUGCUGGCCACUGGCACCCCCUGCGUGCCCACGAAGUGUGAGUCCGGCUGUGUCUGUGCCAAGGGGCUCUACGAGGACGCCAGUGGGCAGUGCGUGCCCCCCGAGGAGUGCCCGUGCGAGUUUGCGGGCGUCUCCUACCCCCGGGGCGCUGAGCUCCACACCGACUGUAAGAGCUGCACCUGCUCGAACGGGACGUGGUCCUGCCAGCAGAGCGCCCACUGCCCGUCCACCUGCAGCCUCUAUGGGGAGGGCCACGUGGUCACCUUUGACGGGCAGCGCUUUGUGUUUGAGGGCAACUGCGAGUACAUCCUGGUCACGGAUGGCUGCAAUGCCAGCGACUCGCAGCCCACCUUCAAGAUCCUGACAGAGAACGUCGUGUGUGCGAAGUCGGGCGCCACCUGCUCGCGGGCCAUAAAGAUCCUCCUGGGGGGCCUGUCCAUCGUGCUGGCAGACGCCAACUACACGGUGAGCGGGGAGGACCCCGGCGUGCACUUCCGGGUCAAGGCUGGCUCCCUGAACCUGGUGCUGGACGUCACCAUCGGCAGCGCGUACAACCUGACCCUCACCUGGAACAAGCACAUGACCGUCUUCAUCAAGGUUGCCCGCACCUCCCAGGAUCCCCUCUGCGGCCUGUGUGGCAACUACAACGGGAAUAUGAAGGACGACUUCCAGACACGCAGCAAGUACUUGGCAUCCAGCGAGCUGGAGUUCGUGAACUCCUGGAAGGAGAGCCCUCUGUGCGGCGACACCACCUUCGCGCUGGACCCCUGCAGCCUCAACGCCUUCCGUCGCUCCUGGGCCGAGCGCAAGUGCAGCAUCAUCAACAGCCAAACCUUCGCUGCCUGCCACAGCCAGGUCUACCGCCUGCCCUACUAUGAGGCCUGCGUGCAGGACACAUGUGCGUGCGACACUGGCGGGGACUGCGAGUGCCUGUGUGACGCUGUGGCCGCCUACGCCAAGGCCUGCGUGGACAAGGGCGUGUGUGUGGACUGGCGGUCCCCCGACUUCUGCCCUGUGUACUGCGACUUCUACAACACGCACACGGAGGUGGGCAGCGAGUUCCAGUACACCCAGGGGGUCAACUGCACGUGGCGCUACCAGCCAUGCCUCUGCCCCGUGUGGCCACAGAGCAUCCCGGACAACAUCGAAGGCUGCUACAACUGCUCCCAGGAUGAGUACUUCGAUCACGACACAGGGACGUGUGUGCCAUGCAUGCCACCGCCCAGCACACCGGCGCCCACAACAGGCUCGCCUGCCACAGAAACCACGCCAGCCAUGGCCAGCACCACGCUGACCCCCAGCACUGGGCUUGGCUCCCCACCACCACCCACAGUCCCCACGCAGACGCCCAGCCUCCUGGCCACGGCCAUGGCCUCCUCCUCCACACAGGCAGGGACAGCCCCGACCACCCGGACACAACCAGAGGUCUCCUCAGAGGAAUCACCUCGGAGCACCUCUGCUGUUACCACCCAAGCCACAUCCACAGCGGCCCCCACGGCCACUCAAAGGUCCACAGCCACGGGCCCUCCCAUCACCUGGGCCACCACGCGGCCCCCAGGGCCCUCCCUCAGCACCACCACGCAGUCCACAGCUCGGGCCACGGCACGCACCACUGCAGCCUCGCCAACCCUGGCAACGUCAGGAACCGCCACAGGGCAUCCCACAACAUCCUCAACACAUCGAUGGACCCCCGAAACCCCCAUCAGCCAGGAGACACAGCGCACGGAGCCCCCAUGGCCGCCAGAGAGCACCACAGGGCCCAGCACAGCACACACCGGCCUGCGACCAACGGCCCCCACCAGUCACAGCACACAGGAUGCCCACUCCAAGGCCACCCCCCCUGGGCCAGAGCCCCCCUUCACUGCUCACUCCAGCACCAUCCUUUCGCUUCCUGUCCCCACCACAUCCCAGACAACAGCUCCACCCACGGCAACACUCCUCCAGACCACCACACCCUACCCAGCCCCAUCACCUCCAAAGACCCUUCCCAUCCACGUGUCAACAUCGGCCACCUCCUCGGUGAUGCCAACCUCUCACCAGGUCAUCAUCCUGACCGAGUCCCACACCACCCUCUCCACCACAAGGCCAACUGGCACCCCUUCUCCAUCAACACACACCCCAGUCACAGAGACAGUGCUCACAGCCACAGCCACGUCACUGACAACCACCACAACAGGAACUACCACACCCAGAGCCACACCACUGACAGAGACAACCAGAGAAACUACCACACCCACAGCCACACCACUGACAGAGACCACCACAGGGACCACUACACCCACAGUCACACCAGUGACAGAGAAGCCACACCACUGA